GCGGUUUUCAGUUGCCAGCGCGAUUUUGAAUGAGUUGUACGCGCCGCGUUGCUUCAAGGCGCCUAAAACCGAAAUCGAAAUCCAAAAGUCGAAAUUCAAAAACCGAAAACUGAAAAAAGCCAUCCAUUUGAGCUUGAAACUCUUCACUUCGAGCCUCCAGAGUAGCGUGCGUGCGCGUGUGCGUGCGACUGUAGAUGUGCGCGACUGCGUGAGUGUGCCAGCCACGCCCAGCCGCCUCUUAACUAACUGCCUGCACAUUUUUGUUACAUUUUUUUUAUUACCGUUGACUUUGUUGCUUUAGUUUUGGUUAGUUUUUGUUUUGUUUUUUUUGGUCUUGUGUGUUGGUCUUGCCGCCAAACGAAAUUUUUGUGCAGCAAGUGGCAAUGCAGGUCAGCAACAACAACAUCAAUCGCAGCCACAACAAGAACAACAACUGUAACACUUAGAGGCGCCUUGUCCGCCCGCUUCAAAUAUUUACGAACUGAGUAUCCCAGCAACUGGUCAGCGUCAGGUUCAAGUGUAACCAGUUACCAGUUUUCAGAAAGACAACAACAAUAACAGCGACAACAAUAACAACAAUAGCAACAACAACAAGCCGCAGGCCAACAUCCACAUCAAAUGUGCAAUCUGCAUGCGGCCAACUAACUGUAAAGUGCGCUGCGCAACGGUCAGCAACAACUAGCACAGCAUUAUAAGAACAGCAACAGCAACACCAACCUGUAGCGACAACAACAACAAGCACAGACGCGAGACAAUUGCAUAAAAUUUGAAAUUAGAUAUUGGCGGCGCAUCAAAUUGCCAAAUGCUGUUGCUGUUUCCAGAACGAUGGCAGCAACAACUACAACAAUUGGCAGCAUGCAGCAGCAGCAGCAGCAGCAGCAGCAGCCGCAGCAAAGGCCGUUGCGCGGUAUUUCGAUAAUAAUUGCAUCUGAGCAACCAGCUAAGCCGGCAAGCAGCAACAUUGAAAGCGAUGAAAUGUCGCCCAAAUCACAGGCCAUGUUGUUGGCAUUUGGUGACAACACCAUCAACAACAAUAGCAACACCAGCAUCAGCAUCAACAGCAGCAAUUCGGAGACGUUGCAGCUUGACCAUGCGAGCAAUGUGGUUUUGGAAACCAGUUCCAGCACAGUGGCAGCAACAGCUGCAGCUGCAACAGCAACAAGUGAGCCAGCAACAAAGUUAUAUCCACAGUUACUGUUGCGCAUUGGCCAGACGGAGAGCGAGGCCGAGGUUAACCCAGCGAGCGAUGCUGCUAGAGCUGGUGAAAUGGCGCCAACAUCGACCAUUAUCAGCUGCAAUGUUGCCGAUGACGUUAGAAACGUGUUACGAGCGACAGCUGAGCAGCUGCAAUCUGGAGAAACUGCUGAGAGAGACGGCGAUGCUAGUCAGUUAGCGCUAGUCGAUUGGCCAACGGGUGCAUCGACCGAAACAGUUGGUCUUUGUGCGCCUCAGCACACGGUUAAGAUUCAGAUAGCCAACGACAACGGCAACGGCAACGACGACGGUAACGGUCAGUGUUUGAAUUCGAGUCAAAGUCAGCCAGCCAGGCUGGGCAAGCAGAUAAGCGUGGUCAAAUUGAACGACAGUCAGAGCGAUAGCGAGAUGGUGUUACGGCUCAAGCAAGAGCAACACGAGCAACAUCAGCAACACCAGCAGCAGCAGUUGCAGUUACACUUACCGCUACAGCAGCAGCAGCAGCAAUUACAAACGGGAUCACAAACUAUCACAACGCCGUAUCAGCUAUGCUAUUUGGUCUCCAGCGGACAGUAUUCGCCCUGCGAGACUUUGGACAGUGGCACAGGCAGCGAUCUGGAGAGCAUCAAGUCGCCCAGCAGUGAAACUAAUGUCACGAGCAACAUGAGCAACAUGAGCAACAUGAGCAACAUGAACAACAGCAAUAAGGGCAACACAGGCGUGCCCAAGCUGGAGCUCCACCUGAAGACGACGCGAAUCCGUGUGAACACCUCGAGCGGCCAGUCGGGCAAUCAUUCACGAGCCCACAGCCUGACGGAUAGUAGCGAGGAGUGCGACGAGAGCAGCUCCUCGCUCAGCUGUGAUUCGCUGCACGACUCGCACGAGCCGGCGCCGCUAAUCAAGCUGGGCGCCUUGCUGCCCAGCUCGUUGCUGCGCGACAUACGGGACAGGGAUGCAGCACGAGCUAUGGGCGAUUUCGAUCAGUCGGUUAUCGCGACCAAAAUCAAUGGACGCCCUUUGCAAUACGAGGCCGACCAGUACUACAACUUCCACGUGAACGAGCAUGCGAAUUAUCGGAGCUUCGGUCCGGUAAGUUGCAGUCGCAUGUCGCCGGAGUAUGAAUCGCUCAGUUUGCCCGGCGACGUCGAGCAGCAGCAGCAGCAGCAGCAGUUGGAGCAGGAGGACGCCUUUGCCGGCCUCAAAGAUGUGCGCCGUUCUUCGCAGUCAUCCACCAUUCGCUCCUCCAAGGGCACCGUGCGCGGCGUCAAGAAUCGUGUGCGCAAUGGAGUAGCCACUUUCUUGCAGUUGCAGCAGCCGAACAUCAAGAACUACAUGGAAAAGGAUCUGGGCAAGGUUGUGCUGUAUACAACGAGCAUGGGCAUCAUCAGAGAGACGUAUGCGAAGUGCGCCAAUGUCAAGCAGAUACUGCGCACAUUGCUCGUCAAGUUCGAGGAGCGGGAUGUGUUCAUGAGCAUCGAGUACCAGCAGGAGAUGCGAGAGCGCAUGCAUCACGAAACGAUACGAGUGCCGCAGCUGUUCGUCGAGGGACAGCACAUUGGUGAUGCCGACACAGUGGAACGUUUGAAUGAGAGCGGAGAGUUGCGACAACUGCUGCGACCCUAUAAGUCGUUGGCCACGGCCUACACCUGCCAGACCUGCGGCGGCUAUCGACUGCUGCCCUGCCCCUCCUGCAGUGGCUCCAAGAAGUCGGUGCAUCGGAAUCACUUCACCGCUGAAUUCGUGGCCCUCAAGUGCAUGAAUUGCGAUGAGGUUGGCCUGAUCAAAUGCCCCAAUUGCUAAAGUCCCCUUAGCUAAGACGAGAAGACUCGAGAAGUGUUAUUUUUUUUUUUUUUUUUUAAUUUUUGAUGAAUAUGGUAUAUAUUUAUAUGUAUUUUGUAUAGCUUGUUAUUAACAGUUGUGAUAUUUGAAGCGGUUGGCUGCAUGUCUCGUAUUUGGGAUUUGGAAUCAGCACGUGAACUGGCGAUGUCCAUGGGAAAGUUACGCGAAGCCUUGCAGAAUAUACAUAUAUUAUAUACAUAGUUUAUGCUAAUCAAAUUAAGAUAUAUACAUAUAUAUACAUGUGUAAAAUAAAAUAAACAAUAGUGGAACUUACACUUGC